CGCGGAUUUAUAAUCAGGCGCUGUGUGGCCACCUUAAUGGAACAGAAACAUUUGGGGUCCUUUUGCUUCACGUGCGCUGUUUGCCAACGUGAGGAACCAUGCCUAAGUCAAAAAGAGACAAGAAAAUUUCGUUAACGAAAACCACAAAGAAAGGAUUGGAGUCAAAGCAGAAAUUAAUAGAGGAGUUACGAAAAUGCGUGGACACGUACAGAAAUCUGUUCAUAUUUUCUGUUGAAAAUAUGAGGAAUAACAAGUUAAAAGACAUCCGGACUGCAUGGAAGCACAGCAGAUUCUUCUUCGGCAAAAAUAAAGUCAUGAUUGUAGCGUUGGGGAAAGGAAGUUCAGAUGAAUACAAAGACAAUUUGCACAAGGUCAGCAAGUUUCUGCGUGGGGAAGUUGGUGUACUCUUCACAAACAAAACAAAGGAGGAAGUCCAAGAAUACUUCAGUCAUUUCAAAGAGGUGGACUUUGCCCGUGCUGGAAACCAAGCUCAGAUGGACAUAACGCUGGAUGAGGGACCUCUUGAGCAGUUCCCGCACUCGAUGGAGCCUCAGCUGAGACAGCUGGGUCUGCCCACCGCCCUGAAGAAGGGAGUGGUAACGCUGCUGAAAGACUUUGACGUUUGUAAAGAAGGAGACGUCUUAACUCCGGAGCAGGCUCGGAUUCUGAAACUCUUUGCCAUUGAGAUGGCAGAAUUCAAAGUACAGAUCAAAUGCAUGUGGAAUUCCGAAACAACAGAAUUCCAGGGUUUGGCUGGUGAGGAGGAACCAGUGCAGGACGAUGAAGAUGAUGACGACGAUGCAGAGUAGACGUUUACUUUGGGGUCAUUCUUGUCUGCGGGACAUUUUACCAAAUUCUAUUCUUGGUAAAUGUGUAAUAUACACAUAUUUCAGCCUGAACUUCUCUCCUUUUUUUAAAUUUCAUUCUCUGAAAACAGUCGACUUUCACUUUUGGACUUCAUUGUUAGAAAAUGGUUCUGUCAUCAUGUUCAUGCAAAUGGAUUUUCUAAUAUGAUUAACAUAUUAAUAAAUGUUUCACCAAUUCUCAUGUACCACA